CUACCUAUGUGGUUGUUGGUGAGCUACGGCGUGGCAUGUGUCGGUGGACUGCAAGGGACGUUUCUGAGGCGGACUGGACCACUCUACUCGUACACUCUUGGGCCUGCCGUUUGCCCUGGAAUUCGCACUUUUGUUGUGGUGAGAAAGAUGAGCCAGUUCGAGGGUGCAAGCAUGAAUUGCAAUUCACGCCGUCAUCAACACCGACCACGACCGCCUUUGAUGUCAAUGUCGACAACAAUGCCGCUCCGCCCACACAGACGCAGACGCAGACGCAGACGCAGACGCAGACGCACUUUCACGACGCCUUUCCCACCUACGACUAUGCCCACCACAAGCGAGACUCGAUAGCGUCGACGGCCACUGCCACGUCGAUAGACAGCAACCCGCACUAUGUAGCCUACCCACAGUUGCAGCAUCAGCACCAGCAUCAGCACCAGCUUCAGCACCAGCUUCAGAACCAGCUUCAGCACCAGCAGCAGCAUCAGCAGCAGCAUCAGCAGCAGCAUCAGCAGCAGCACCAGCAGUCCUACCACACGUACGACUUUGCCACGAGUCCGUCCUUUGUCCAGGGCCAGGGUCAGGGCCAGUCUUCGAGCCAGCCUCAGUCCCAAUCCCACGUCUUCCAGAUGCAGACACCCCCUCCGACCCGAGGCUCGUCCAUCAAGCGGAGGCCGCAACGACUGGACAGUGUUACGCCUACAGCAUCUAGUGCUGCUCUCCGCCAGCCCAGCUUUGACGCUGCCGCCUUCAGCUUCAAUGCUCCUCAGCACUCCAUGAACUCGUGGAGCCAGCUCUCGGGCCCAUCGUCUGCUCCGCUGUCGGCUCCUGCCUGGACUGCCAACCAAGACGAUCCCUUCUCACACUGGUCAACCCAACCCUCGAUAUCUUCUCAACCCGCCCAUGCCUCUCAGUCGUCCUGGUCGCAUGUCCCUCUGCAGUCCUCGGCUCCCUCACGUCCUACCGUAACUCGCUCAUCCAGCUCCAACAAUGUUCCAUAUGCUACUCCCACCGUCGCCAAAAAGCCUUCCGCACCACCCAGUGUGGAUCCGAUCCAUCUCCGUUCGUCGCCUUUGAGAAGCCAAUUCCCCAGCAUUCCUGAGGCACGUCCUGUGUCGCCUGCCAAGCCAUGUCUAGCCCCUGCCUUUCCCUCAACCUCGGCCUCACCAGUCAAGAAUAGUGCUCUGCAGCGCAGCAACACGGUCGGAAACUUCUUGAAACCGAGUCCAACCAUCGUAUCGCAAACUCCCGAUGCUGCAACCUCGCUUGGUCGAAGCAACUCUUUCUGCAAUCUCCCACGCCGGUCCUCUCCCCUCAAGCGAAUAGCACGUGGCUCCUUGUCCUCAAUUGCUGAGUCUUCACGACCUCAGGUCCGCACAUCUGUUGUUCUUACAAUCGACGCCAAUGGAACUGCGAGGACAGAAACUAGGGUGAUUGAAGAGAGCCCCUCCCAAACCAAGAAGGACUCGCAGUCGAUCAAGGAAAAGUAUCCCAAUCUAUGGGAUGACUCGGAUAGCGAGUCAGACUCGACAUGUGGCACCACAUGGCCGAGCCGCCAUGAUUCGCUUGCCCACGCCAAUGCUGGUCAAGAGCGAUCGGCUAAAAUGGCAAGGCUUGACACGUUGUCAGACAACCUCGAGAUGGCACAGCUGCCGCGCUCGAAUUCGACGGCAUCGCUGAAAACUCCGUGCAAAACUGCUUAUGCAGCCGCGAUACAAUUGAGACGGCAGGGUAGUGCCAAGAAGCAACAACGACCGUCAAGUGUGCAAAGCAGACGCAACACGUUGUCUUCGCUAAACAGCUCUUUCGAGAACUUGGCUGCCAUGGACCUGAACAAAGAGGAGAUGCAUGUCAAGGCAGAUGCUGGUGCUGCUCUUCGCCAGGCCGCUGCUCAUCGCGUUUCUCCAGGAAUUCCGAUCUCGUCCAGCCACCGUCAAUCUGACAAGACUACAGUCUCGCUUGUCCGCUCCGGUCGCUCGGACACUGUUCCCUCGAGUAUCUCACGACCUCGACAGUUGUCGCAGCCUCAACGCCCUCAUCAAGUACACCAGAUACAACAACCGCACCAAGUACAACAGACACAGCCGCCUCAAGCACCUCAACAGAUUCAACAACCCCAGCCGCAAAGACCACAGCAUAUACAACAAGUCCAACAGAUGCAGCAGCUGCCUCUGAACACCCAGGUUUACCCACAUACCCACGCAAAAUCCCACAGUGUCAGUUACCCAACGGCCACACCGACAGCACCAAUAUUCGAUCCGCGCGGCUCCUUCACGAUGGAAUACACGCCCAUGCCUUUCACUUCGGCACCUCCUCCACAAUCAUUCACGAACGAUAUGAGCUCCACGACACGAUGCAUUUGCCAAAUUCCAUUCGACGACGGUAGGAUGAUCCAAUGCAACCUCUGUGCUAUGUACUCCCACUCUGGUUGUGUUGGCCUUGACUCCUCCCAACAUGCAUAUAUUUGCUCUUUCUGCGUCAGCAACAACCCCAUUUCCUACGGACAUCCGGUACGGUCAAGUUCAAUGCAGAAUUUUAAUGCAUGGACUGUUCCCGGGCUC